CUCGGAGGUUAGGUUUGGUGGUUUGGAGGGGGCUGAGCUGUCCGCGAUAUGAGUGUGGUGUAUCCGAAAAUCGUGUGUGCAAAAAAGGGCUCGAUUAUUAAUUAUUGCAUUCCAAAUGUUUUUACUGAAGUGACGCCGCAAUGAAUUCGCGGAUCAUUGGACGUAUCGUGUUACAAGCAGCGUGUUAGCGGACUCGCAAAUAAGCACUACCAAUGGACGCGGCCAUAGCAGAAAUCGCGCAAAUCUCGCUCAUUAACUACUUCGAUUAGUAAAUUACAUUAAAAUCUACAUAAUGCCGAAAAACGAUGUGAAAUUCAAGUGUCUACCAGCUACCUUCGCUUGGACCCUUUUGCUCAGCACCACAACUCUCUUUUUCUAUUUCCCGUGUCGAUAUUACAUUGAACCGUACCCAUGGGUUCCUGCGUUGCAAGGAGUUAUCACCUUCUUCGUCUUGGCAAAUUUUACACUAGCCACGUUCAUGGACCCUGGAGUUAUACCGAAAGCUCCUCCAGACGAAGAUCGAGAAGAUGACUUUAGGGCACCACUGUAUAAAAAUGUCGAAAUAAAUGGAAUUACAGUUCGGAUGAAAUGGUGCGUCACCUGUAAAUUCUACAGACCACCAAGAUGUUCACACUGCAGUGUUUGCAAUCACUGUAUCGAGACAUUCGACCACCAUUGUCCAUGGCUAAACAAUUGCAUUGGCAGGAGAAACUACAGAUUUUUCUUCUUUUUUCUUCUCUCGCUAAGUUCACACAUGCUCAGUAUAUUUGGACUUUGCCUCUACUUCGUGCUGUUACACAAACAGCAUCUCGGAGAAGUUCAGACUAUAGUAGCAAUGGUACUCAUGGGCGUGGUGGCAUUGCUGGUAAUUCCGAUAUUCGGUUUAACCGGGUUUCACGUAGUGCUCGUGUUCAGAGGGCGUACAACGAACGAACAAGUGACAGGAAAAUUCAACACAGGCUACAAUCCUUUCUCCCGUGGAUGCUUUCACAAUUGCUGUUACACGCAAUUUGGACCGCAGUUUCCAAGUUUAAUUAAACCUGAAAAGUAUUCAGGAAAACGACGGGGCGCUUGCACGUCUGACAUCUCUAUCAUCGCCACUGAGAACCAGGUAAAAACCUACAUGGAUAGCAGCAAUGGUGUUAGAAAUGCCAGUUCAAAUGCUUACAAUAAGCUAUCACCUGGUCGCGAUGGAUCAGAUACGGAUAUGGAACCGACGGCUUCACAAUCAGCAGAUUGUGAACCAACUCCUCCGUUGCAAAGACAUGGUUCUAAAAGUAACUUUUUCCUGCCAUCUAUGGAAAAUAACGACUCUCCGCGACAUCCUCUGCCUGCGCAGCAUCGACAUCCUGUUCAUUAUCCUAGAGGCAGUCCACAUCCCAGGCCGAGCGAUCUUUACAGAGGAAUGAACGGAUCUCGCAGUCAUACGCCCGAUCCUUUGUCACCUGAAGGUAGUGGCUCGCCUGCAACAGGUCCACAAAGAGGUCAGGGUCAAGGAGGUGCAAGUCCAACGAUGCAGCAACGAAUCAAAGCCAUUGGUGUACCCACCCCUCUUGCCAUUUCCAGUCCAAUUCGCAGAUCAAAUCCAGGAACCCCGACGCAGGUCCGUCGGCCUGACUUUAUCGGCGUGAACGACGCUCCAGCCUACUACGACGUCCAGCAGUGCAACGCUGCCUGCACUCACAGCAACAACUACAGCCCUCAGAGGCGUUUCCUCUCAGAGAGCGAACUUGUUCGCCAGCAGGGCAGUAACGAGCAUCCCUACUCCCGCACCAACAACACCGUCGACAACAUCCGAGAACUUGCCGGUUCUCCUCAGCGAGGUGUCUACAUGUGGAAGGACAAUUCCCCAGGCAGCUAUCCCGCGCCCGGGACACAGCCUUCGCCCUCUCAACGUCCUCCACCUUACGAUUAUUUCAGGUCGAAUCCAACGAGCCCCACGCAACAGUUUGCCAAUGCGCCUCGACCUGCUUAUCAUCCCGCGAUGAGAGGCGGGGUACCAGUCUUCCCUCCACAGCAUCCGCACCAAUCUCCCCAGGUGAAGCGAAAAACGAUGGCGACACCCACAACGCCAACCUCCUCCGACGGAAGGCGAAGGCCCAUGAGUUUUGUCCGAGCUCUUGAGAUGACCGACUCGAUGGAGAUGGUCGCGACAGCAAACGACUCGAGGUCACAAAGACCAACCACUCCAACCCCGGAUCGCGCCAGCGUCUACGACAUGAAUUACGAGAUAUCGGUAUAGCGCACCCUUUUCAUCUUCGCGCCCUUCUACGGAAAAGCGCCGGAGAUGGUCCGAGAAUCAGCAGACUGUUUCCAUAUCAUGUGCUUCAGUGAGAAAAAGAUACAAGGAUACGAGAUAUUCGUCUGAGUCUGGUGCAGGGGGACGAAUCGCGUGUGCCAAGGAUCCGACGAAGACACGGGACAAUUUUAUAAUUAUAUCUACCCAGUGACUUCCACCAUUUUUACGAAGGGGGUUUUGGAGGCUGCGUUUCAGGAAUCGAGGGUUUUUCUGAAGUUUCAAUUCGGAAGGUGCAAUUUAGGAUAUUUUCUGAUGGCGGUGAAGGACUCCUCCGAGUGCGGGAGCUUCCGAUUAAGAGUCAGGGUGUCCAGGGUGAGGAUUCUAAGUGGAGAAUAAAGUCUGAGGGUUUCGGGCCCCUGGACUUUUGAGAGCAAAGUCAGAGAUUUUUGCGUAAGUUCUCGUAUUUUUAGUUAAGUUCUUUAUUAUUAUUUUUUUUUUAAUUUCAGUACAAAGUGUUUUCUUUCUUGUUUUUGUUGAGGGAUUUAGAUAUUUUUUAAAGUCUCAAACAAAGUUUGGGCAAUUACUGAACAGCUUUUCAUUUAGUUUGCAAUUUUUCAUAUUUUUAGGUAUAUGACAUUUAACUUAUUUAUCAUUGUCGGCGAUGUUGAAAUUGUAGGGAUUGAUAUUAGUUUUUUUUUCUUCUUCUGACGACUCUAAAAAAGUUUAGAAUCGUUUGGAUGUUUUUCGCAUUUAACUUUUAGAUUUUGACAAUUUGAUCUAAAUUCCUGGUAUUGUGUUUGCAUUUAAUAAAAGGAAUUCUUUGUCGAAAUAAAAGCAUCUUGUCAGUUUUUAUUGUAAUUGUUUAUAUUUUUCAAGCAUUAUGGGAUCGAAUCAGUUUCAAUUCAAGCGAGCGUUGACUUGCUAAUAAAAUAUGUUUUUUUACGUAUAAAUUAAGGAGACACGUAUUUUUUUAAUUGACAUAGCGCUAUUUUUUACGAAUAUUUACAACAUUUUAAGCUAAAUGAGGUUUUUACCAAUUUUACAUUAAAACCCGUGCCGUUUGUGCAAGUUUUUUUUUGGAGAUAUUAGGGGUUUUCUUGUUUCAGUUUAUCCAGUUUUUGCACUCUUUAAAAAAAAUGGUAAAAUUAUUUCGAUUUUUUGAAAUUGAGAAAGACAUGUUCUCAAUAAUCCCAUGUUUUUUCGUGAGAACUUCAGGAAUUAUUGAUACAAAUGUAGUAUAUUUAUCAUAAAUUUAUAAUCUGGUAUUUGGUCAUUUUUCGAAAAAGACAAAUUAUUUUUGAGUUUUUUUUUUAAUUCUCGUAAUUUUUUAGAUUAAAUUUUUUUGUUCAGUUAUCAGAUUUCUUUCGAAACUGAUGAGAAAAACGAAGAAAGGAUAAAAAAUAGUGAAGCUAUUUCGAUUUUAAAAAAAUUGAAACUUGAAAUUUUCUCAAGACAGCUACAUUUUUUUCAAUUUAUUUCUUAGGAAUGAUAGGUAAUCGCAAUAUAUAGUUUUAUAGUAUUUAUAGUUCAAUAUAAUAACAUUUUUCUUAUUUGAAGGAAAAAAUAACAGUAAAAUACAAAUAAAUGCGAGAAUAAUAGUACGAAAAAGCAGAAUUUACUUUCGCUAGAAAUACAUGCAGGUUUAAAAUAUAUGUUAAGUUGACUAUAUAUUACCUAUACUUCUGAAAUUUUUAACGAAAAAAAAAUUGAGCUGUUUUGAGAAAAUUUCGUGUUUUAAAUUAUUCAAAAAAUCGAAAUAGCUUGAUUAUUUUUGGUAAUUUCAUGGAUGAUUCCAUCGGUUUAGAAAGAGUAAAAAAAUGACAAAACUGGAACACAAAAAACCGUAAAAUGUAAAGAAUUUGCAAAAAGGGCAAGAUUUUGAGAAGACUAUAUUAUUCCUCAAAUUUCAUGCAAAAAAAAAGAAAAAUCGAAACAACUUUACUAGUGUGAAAGGGUGCAAAAACUUGGAUAAACUGAAACACGAGAAAAACAUUAAUUUAAAAAAAUUUUCAAAAAUGACACGCCUUUUAAAGUCAAAUUUUGCAAAAAAAUUAAUUUUGUCCUUAGAUUUUUUAAAUAUUCAUAAAAAAUGUCUCUAUGUUAAUUUAAAAAAUGCGAGUAAUCCACAGUGCUACAUGAUUUGAAAUUGAUUUGGCCAUGGGUACUUGAAUUAUUUAACCAUAUAUGACUAAUUAUUUUAAUUAUUUAAGAAAUCUUUGAACUUUCGUAAAAAAAUGUUUACAUUUAGCAUUUUGGGACCUUCAAUUCCAAAGAUUAUGAAGUUCGUUUAUUUGAAAACCGAUUUUAAAUUCUAGCUUUUAGGAUCAGAAUUUUUAUAAACUACAUUUUAAAUGAUUAUUUUAAAGUUAUAAUGAGUUUAAUAUAUUUGUAUAUGAUCUAGAAACUCUUACGCUCUCUAUAAAGUAUACCGAAUUAAAAAUUCUCCACAUUUCAAUCAUCGAGAAUAUUUGAAAAGUUGGAAAUUACUAGGCUAGCCAUAAGUAAAAUGUGUAGAUAGCGCUAUAUAAAAUGUUUAAAUAAUAAGAAAAGAACCCUUUAAAGUCCCUGAUUUGUGCUCGUGAAAAAUGCAUUUAUAACGCCUGAAAUUCUCAGGACUUUGAGGAGCAACUUUUUGCUGGAGACCCUGAGACUCAAGAAUCGGCUGAGCAUAGAGGCUGGGUAGCGUCUGACUUACUUGGCAGGAACUGAACAGUUUUUUUAUUACAUUAAGGUCAGUUUAGAUUUUUAUACAGUGUCAAAAAAGAACGCGACUUGCUUUUAAAGGCGCGCGAAAGCCAAUCAAUCACACAUUUCCAGUACGAUUCGACGAAUAAGUGGACCCUGGGGAUUUUCGAAUUAUCCUUCCCAAUUGAAAAAUAUCUGUGUCCAGUAAUGAGAGUUACUUAAUCGACUUAAGUCAUCGUCAGGAUAGAAUAACAAAUUUUGUGUAAAAUAAUCGUGAACUGUGUAGUAAGAUUUUUAAUAUACGAAUAUUUAAUGAGAUAUUUAUACGUAAAUGAUGUAAGCAUAAGACUAUGGAGUUUGCCUGUUUCUUACACAUGAUUUUAUCAUCAAUGUGCCCAUGAACGUUGAUCUUUUUACGGUUAAUUCGAUUUAUUGUUUCGAUGAAUUGUAAAAUGAAUAUUAACGGCCGAAUGUUGAGGUGUGAAAGUGACCGCGAAAUGAGUGAAUGCGGUGAUUUAAUUGAUUAUCGAGAGUCGAUAAGAGACACUUGAGUUUUUGUUAUAAAAAUGGAACCUCUUGUAAUAUAUAUAUACAUUGCAUAAA